CGCUAGUUCGAUGGCGCGAAUUUCGAAGUGAACAGAUUCAUUCGCGUAUGCUUGGGGUAAGUUGAAUUUCUAAGGUUGUCAACUUGUUAAAUGGCAACAGAAAUGGCGAUCUGAAUGCGAACAGUUAAUAUUCAUCUUCUGUAGCGCACGUUGUAAUAAGCGGGCCUCCCCCUGAAUAUUGAUAUAAAAGUGAGUAAAAGGUCGCUGACAGUGUGUGCGUGAGAGUUAGUGUGUCGUUGAUCUAGUGCGUCGAGUGCGUGACUCUUCGUCCGUCGUGCGUGCGUGCGUGCGUGCCUGGUGCGUGCAUCCGUGCGUCCGUGCAUCUUUCUGUCUAUCUGUCUGUCUCUGUGUGUUUAGUGCAUAAAGUGUGUAAUUUCGAUCGAAAAAAUAUGUUAGAGACUUUUUGAAGUAUGAGCGAAGGAGCGGAUUCGAGUACGCGUAUUUGCGAGAAUUCGCUUACGACCUUGAACACUGAGGACAAACCUAAUGUUCCUCUAUCAACGGAAAGUACGGGGACGACAACGAGGACGACGAAGGAGACGACGAAGGAGACGACGACGUCGACCACGACAAUUACUACAACAACGGCGAAGACGACAACAUCAUCAUACACUCCUAGAAGGCCACGAUUUGGUACUGGCAAUGUUCCGCUCUCCCCAUACAUAUGGAUUGAUGGUAGACAAAUAAGAAGCGCUUUGGCGUAUACGAAGAAAUGGCCUCCUCGACGAGUGAGUUUCCCAACAAAUGACAUGAAUUUGGUUACGGGGUAUUUGGAGCCGCCUAAUCCUUGGAGACACGCUGAAAAUGUGAAUCGUGAGGACUUGAUCAAAGCAUAUAAGGAAUCCUGCCAACGGCACAACACUGAGCCAUUGGAAAAAGUUUUAGCUCAAUUAGAGAGUUGGGAUUUGUCAGAAGAACGUAAUAAUGAAUUUAAAUUAAAUGGAAUUAAUUUGGAUCUAAAUAAUUCAGAAACAUUAGAAGAAAUUCUUAAAAGAAUUCAAUUUAAAAAAAUUGACUUGGAAGCUACAUCUUUAAACGAUGAGACUUCUGUAAUAUUAUUUGAUAUGCUAGAAUAUUAUGAAUCUGCAAAGCACUUGAACAUUUCAUCUAAUUCAGAUAUCGGAGCUCGUGGUUGGCAAGCAUGUUCACACAUGAUUAAAAAGACCCAAUGUUUAGAACAGCUUGAAGCUAAGGAUGUAACGCUUAAUGAACAGUACAUGACUAUUUUGAGCCGCGCAUUACGAUUAGUCUACCAUCUACACGUCCUUAAAUUAGAAAAUUGCGGACUUUCAGGAAGACCUAUCGCCACAUUAGUUACAGCUCUGAAAAUGAAUACAGGGAUAAGAGAACUUUACUUAGCUGACAAUGGACUUGAUUUUUACGAUGCUAUACAGCUUGGAUCUUUAUUGAGGCUCAAUAAUCACUUACAAUUACUUGAUAUUAGUAAUAAUAAUAUUCAAGAUGAUGGUGUACAUGAUCUAUUAGAAGGACUUAUUAAUCAAGUUCAAGAAGAUAAAGAGGGCAAAGGAUUGAGUAUACUCAUAUUAUGGAAUAAUCGCCUUACAAAAAAAUCAUCUCCGUAUUUCUCUCGUAUUAUUUCAUUGUCAAGGACAUUGGAAACUUUAAACAUUGGACAGAACAUGUUAACCAGUGAAAUGUUAAUCACUGUAAAGGAUUCGCUUAAACAAAAUCGUAUUCUUUUACAAUUGGGAAUGCAAUCCACUGAUCUGACAUGUAAUGGAAUAAUCGCUUUAUCUGAUGUCAUUGAAAAUAAUAAAGUUUUACAAAGGAUAGAUUUGCGUGAUAAUAGUAUACAGAUGACAGGAAUGAAAGCUCUUAGCACAGCAAUGCAGAAAAACAAGAGUGUCGUACAAUUGGAUUUAGAUGACAAGCCUCGAAUAAAAAUUGACGGAACAUUACAUCAGUAUAUGGAUGUUUUGGAGGAAGUUAGAAGUUAUUGUGCACGAAAUAAAGAAAAUCAACAGCUGAAUGAGAAUACUGGGGAUUCAGAAAGUCCGAGACAUCAUAGCAGAUUCUUUAGCGCGAGUUCCCGUAAGAUCUCGCUUACUUGUCAGACACUGCCAUGUUCUCCAUCACCCAUGACUUCAGUAACCACCGAGGACACAGGGCGAUCGACGCUUGAACCAAAACGUACUAGUGGGGGUCGCCUCCGUUCCCCGGCUCCUAGUCCUAUCCCCUCACCUGUCGCAAGCCCGAUACCAAGUCCUUCUAGAAGUCGAUUUGUGGUGUCUCGAGUUUCAGAAGCAUCGUUACGUUCCACAGAUUCCUCAACAUCAUCAUCUCCUGUAACUCCAACAUCGCUAGGACCAAUGUCCACGUGUUUCUUUCCUUCCACAAGUGGAACAUCUAGGUUUCGUGUGUCACUCGUUGAAUCAUCAUCAUCAUCAUCAUCAAGUUGUACAUCUACACCUAAGUCUGUUUUCGCAUCAUCUAAAUCGAAUGUUACCAUUGGGUUCAACUUUAAAAUCGAUUCAGUAGAGUCUGCGGAUUCGGACGAUUCAGACAAUAUAUUUAAAUCAGAGACAGAAACAAAUAAAGAGACCAUUAAUAAACAUGAUGCACAAGAAAUUGCAAUAAAUAGUGAAAUUAGCACGAUUUCAAUUAAUAAUAAUAAUAAACAUGAUAGUAUACAACCAUUGAAUAUAUCUGAUAAUAUAAAUGAACAGAGUACAAAUGAAUGUUUCACUGCUAGUAACAAUUCUAGCGAAGUUAAUACUCAAGAUAACUUAAAUCUUUAUACUGUUGAACAUAAGGAAGAUUCUAAAGACAAUCAAAGUGAUUCUCUAAAAGAAGAAACGAUAAUAGAUACUUCGGAAUUAAUAUUUAAGAAAACUGAUUAUUAUAAAAGUGAAAUUGUACAAGAUGCACAGAUCGAUUUGAAAGAUAAUAUUGACAAAACAAGCGUUAAUAACGAAAAAGUUGAUCUUAUCGAUUUAAGUAAUGAAGAGCCAAAUAUGCAGCAAUCGGUAGAAGAUAUUUUAUCUGCAAAAUCACAAGUUCCAUUAUUAGAAAAUAAAACUGCUCCUCCGAUUCAGAAGCACACUUCUGGUUUGGAAAAGCUUCCUAGUUUGUUUCAAAGUAAAGGUAAUUUUUUUUCAGAAUCCUCGAAUAUCAGUCAAACAGAUUUUCGAAAUUUAUUGCAAGGUAGUGUAAAUAGCGUAUUAUCAUUUGGCGAUAAAUUUCAUCAGUAUUUUAAAGAUGGUAAAGCUAUUUGUAAAAGUAAUGCUUCUGGAACAUUUGCAGACAUUAUAUCUUUACCGACUAAAAGUAAACCGUUAAAGUCAUUAAAUGUAACACAAUUACCAAGUAUACAAACUUUAACAAAUAUGUUUGCUUCAUUUAAAACUGAGACUACUAAUACGAAUGCCUCAGAACAACAGUCAUCGAAAAAGUGCUCAAAUCAAAUAACGAAGCACCCGGAUCAGGGAUAUAAUGAAGAAAAAGUAAAAGAGAAAAAUUUAAAAGAAAAACCAUUACAUAAUACUAGUGUAGAAUCAUCCAGUUACGAUAGUAAAAACUUCUUAAGUAGCGAUAAAGAAGAUGAAGCUAGUAUAUCUAGUUUAAAUAUUCAAACGUUACCUGAUAAUGUCCAAUUAAAAGAUGAAGGGCAUGCUAGCAGAGAUUUAAUAGCAGAAGAAAAUAAUAGUGUUACCUUAAAUGUGGUAGUAAAAGCUUGCUCUAAAACUGUACAUAAUGCUUCAUCGAUAAAUGUUCCAGAGAGCAAGAUGACUGUAUGUAUACCUAAGUUAAAGGAUAUACCUGAAUACUCUGUUUUAGAAGUAAGUGAAAAUGUUCUUGAGAAAGAAACCAUAGAAUAUGAAUCGGUGAGGAACAUAGAUUCUGUAAAGAUAGAAAAAGUAUGUGAUAGAAGUUUGACUGACAGUAUUAAUUUGACUAGUGAUGAAAUCUCUUCAUCUUGUAACGUGACAUGUGAUAUAAAAGUCAUAGAUAAUGUAAAUAUUGUAAGUAUGCUCGAUGAAUCAGUAAAUUUGCAGACUACUUAUGAAAAAGAUGUUGCAGAGUCUUUGCUUCUUAAUACUUGUUGUAAGAAUGACAAAGUAGCAUCAAAUGUGCAUGUGGAUGAUUAUAAUAACCAUGGUGUAAAUGAUAUUUCCAUGAUAAAUCAUAAUCUAUUAGAAAUUAAUGUAGAAAAAAAGAAAAAUUUUACUAACGAAGUUACCAAAACAUGUAGUGUUAAUGUUAAUGAAGAAAAUGAAAAAUGGAUCGAUUUGAACGAUUCAUUGAGUCAGGAUAUAGGAGCAAAUACUUGCCAUGUGGAUAUAGAUCCACAUUCAAAGAGUACAACUGUAAAUAGUAAAAUAAAAUCAUGUAUAUCUGAAUUAAGUCUUACUUCUAAAGAUAAUGUUGAGGAUUUUAAUAAUGUUAAUGCACAAAUACAUCCAACUGCUAGUAUCUGCACGGAGGAGGAGGAGGAUGCUGUAGUUGAUUUAUGGGAAGAGGAUAAGUUGAAUGAUCUUAUUACAGAGGAGACAUUGUUAUCCAAGCCAAAUAAUGUUGAUGCAUGUCCGAUCGUAUCUAAAGAUGUUAAAGUUAACAAUUAUAUAGAAAAUAAUAUAAAUAAGCCUUCUGGUAAGGAAUCAGACUUUACUAUACUUCCAACUGUAAUAUUGUCACAGACUAAAGAUAAUGUUUCUGCCUCUGUUAAAAAAACUCUUCAAGAUUUUGAAAAAUCAGACUCUGAAGAUCUUAUAUUUUGUAUUACCGAUAUAUCUAACUAUGGAAACUCUAUUAAAGACGAAGGAACACUUUCACCUAGUAUAGUUUCUGAUGCAUGGCAACAGAAUGAUAACGCGCCAGAAAUAGAAACUUCAUUUUUCGAUCUACCUCAGACAUCUCAUUCGUCAACAACUUUAAUUAUUGAAAAACCCGAAAAUAUUCAUAGGAAUAGCCAAGAUUCAGGAAUCGAGGAAUCCAAUUUGUUGUCAACUUCAGAAGAUAACAUUCCAGAGGUCAUUCAGCCGCAACACAAAGAAAGUUUCCAGGAAAGCGUUGAUUCCGGAAUAGAAACUGAAUGUUCAUUAGUAUGCGUUAAAGUUAAUCCUAGCACAGAUGAUACUACUAAAACUGAAAUCACAAAGAACAAAUCAUCCAACAAUGUCGAUGACAACGCUGAAUGCCCCCCUUGUAAGCGCAUUAAUGAUCUCACAGAUUUUCAAUCUGAUAUUAUUGAACAAAUACAACCGAGAAAGAAUGACACUGUAAGUGAAGUAGAUUAUUCGUAUCUUGAUAUGGUUAAAUGCGCAGUGGUCACGUCUACGUGCUCGAUAGGUGGAAUAGAAAUCACGAAUAACACGGCGGUUGGAACUAAUUCUGAAGAAGAUGAUAGGAUAGUUGCUGAACCGCCUGUAGUUUUUCAUGUUACAAGCCCGAAGUAAUACUGACCUCACGGACGACGAAGAUGAAGAGGACGAGGACGACGAAACAAUUUACGAGGACGACGAAACAAUUUACGAGGACGACGAAGACAACGAUGAAAUAAAUGAACUCGAGGAAACGAAGAAACAUCUCGAGCCUAAGUAUCGUCGUUAUGCCAACUGGCGAAUUUAAGAAGAAGGAAAAUAAAAUUAAGUAAAUAUCUAUUUAAUGCCCACAUGUGCGAACCAAAAUAAUAAAUGGUUGAAGGAUUAUGAAAAAUUAAAAAAGGAAGUGCGGGUUACAACAUUACGGAAGGGAUAUUCAUCUAAGAGGUCUUAGGGUAAUGGAGAGAUUGUAAAUUUAGGUUGAAUAGAAAAGAAAGGAAAGAAAGAAUGGAAGAGCAGAUUGUAAGUUUUCUUGCUCGAUAAUGUUAACGCAACACUUAUUUUUACUAAUCUUUUAGUUGGAAGGUUUAUAAGAAAGGAAAGAAAUAAAAAAAGAAUAAAAUGAAAUAAAAAGAAAGAGUUAAUAAAAAAGAAAAAAAAAAAA